CGUUCGUCGAAUUGAUCGUUCGCGAUAUGAUCAAGUUACAUAUGUGCCUUCUGUUGCAAGUAUGCGUGAUAACAGCAACAAUGAAUAAAACUUUCUUAGACACACCAGACAAUUUGAUAUUAUUCCGUUUGAUGCGUACUUGGAUAUUGAAAAAUUUUGAAAAAGGAGAGAGACUAGAUGCACAAAAGGCGGGAAUAAUUCAGAAAGAAUUUCCAAUAAAUGUUCCAUUUCCUUGCAACGUGACAGGAGGCAGAUCUCCCACUGUUCCUGAUUCGGUAAAUCGAUUGAGACCAGGUGAUAUUGACGUUAUUGCCGCGAUGGGCGAUUCUUUAACAACAGGAGCUGGCUUACUUGCGACUAAUAUGAUGCAGUUAGGUAUUGAAAACAGGGGUAUGGUGGCGACUAUCGGUGGUGAAGAAACAUGGAGAAAGGUUUUGACGCUCCCUAAUAUCUUCAAAGAGUUUAACCACAAUUUAAUAGGGUACGCCUUUGGAGAUUCUUUGACCUCCCAUCCAGCUUCGCAAUUGAAUGUGGGUGAAGGUGGUGCACUUUCUAUGGAUAUGCCUUACAUGGCUAAAUUUUUAGUUAAUAGAAUGAAGAAGGAUCCGAGAAUAGAUAUAAAGAAUCAUUGGAAGUUUAUUUCACUAUUGAUCGGGCCUAAUGAUUUUUGCGCCAUGUGUAGCAAUCCUUCUCCGUCUACCAUUUUGAAAAAUCACAAAGAAGAUCUAAUUAAUACUCUUCGAAUAUUAAGAGAUAAUUUACCAAGGAGUUUUGUCGCUGUUAUAAUACCACCUCACAUAAAAGAAAUAGUCAGAGCACGUAGAGGAAGAUUUUCGUGGAGAUGCUAUUUGAUAAGUACUAUAGAAUGUCCAUGUUUGCUAGCUGUACAAUACAAAGAACGAAGACAGGAAUAUUACGAAAUAAUAGACAAGUGGCAAGAAUUGGAGGAAGAAAUCGUUAAUUAUCCAGAGUUUCAUACAAAUAACUUUACCGUAAUAACUCUUCCAAUUUUGAAAAAUAUAAAAUUUCCGCUCGCUGAAGAUGGAUUCACCGAUUUGUCGUACUUUUCUAUCGAUUGUUUUCAUUUGAACCAAAAAUGUCACGCGAUAGUGGCGAAUCAUAUAUGGAACAAUCUGUUGGAACCAAUUGGUAACAAGUCAGACCAGAUAUCGUAUCCAAAAAUUCUUAAAACAUUCUUAUGUCCUACUUCGGAGAGACCAUACCUGAUGACACGUGAAAACUCGCGGAAUAUAAUUUGACAUUGAUUAAAAUUUGAAUUACGUUUACAAAUCCAUCCAAUUAAAAUAACUAAAAAUAUUGAAAUUUAGUACAACGUUUGAAUAUUAUAUUGGUUAUUGAACCAAUCUUUUUUGUAUCAGUACAAAAUAUUUAUUUAUAUUUCAAUAAAAUCAAUACUUUUUU